UUAGAGACAUCCUCAAGACUAGGGCUAAAAAUGAAAACCAGCUUCUUAAAAAUAUAUAUGAUGAAGAGUGCCAAAGGCAUAAUGUUGCUGCAGCAUUAUACCCAUGGAAGACUGCAGAAAGUAUAAUGCGACAUGCACGUCGAAAUUCUUUGCCUCGGACACCAACAUCAUUGAAUGAACUAGCUGCAUAUUUUGAUAAUGAACCAAUCCCCAGAUUUGCAUGCUGCACCAGUUCUAUGUUUAGAGGUAGCGUAAUUGAUACCCUUGGUAAUAGAAGUGUGGUAUUUGCUUGUCCACUUCUAAUCCGUGCAGUACAGGAAAAUAAUAUUGACGAAAUACACGCAGACGCAACAUUUAAAAUAGUGCCUAGAAAUGUAGGAACACAGCUUUUAAGCAUACAUUGUAUGAUACAAAACUAUUCCAUACCAAUUAUUUAUGUAUUGAUGGAGUCUAAAUGUCGAGACUCGUAUGAUUGUGUUCUGGCUUUUGUAAAAAAUAAUUUGAUACCUAAUUUAACACCGAGCACAAUCAUCACAGAUUAUGAACCCGCACUAAGGGAUGCUUUGGUGUCUCAAUUUCCUGGAGCCCAAGCACAUGGGUGUUGGUUUCAUCAUAACCAGGUAAUUUGUGAUUCAGUCU